AUGCCGUCUAUUGCCUCCAGUGUAACCAGGUCUCAGCGCUGGUCUUAUAAGAAAGCACUGUUGCCGUGUGAGAGUAAGUCCUCUUCUACAGUCCUUCCCGGAAUCCAGUCGACUGAAAAAGGCAGUACGCCCGUGUCCUCAGCAUCAAAGAAACAUUUAUUAUAUUCUCUAGCCAGCAGAGACAAAACGAUUUUCUCGUCAGUCGUUCAUCCUCCAUUCUUAACUACUGUUCCUACUUCUCCUCUGGCCAGCAGGCAGGAGGCGACCACUCUGCCAGUUGUAAAUCCAUCACGGUCAUCGAUUCUUGUACCCUCUUUAAGAAACAACUCUCAAACGACUCCUGCAAAAGUCGCUCAGCUAACUUCAUUAUCCUCUGUUACGUCACCCAUUGUUUCUCCUGUGAGCAGCCAGCCCACUGAUUCACCUUUGAACAAUCUUAGACCAUUGUCUCCUUAUACAGCAGACACAGAGACCAGUCAGACAACAGUCAACCUUGUUUCGUGUUAUACAGAAUCCAUUCAACCUUCAUCUCACCUUGACAUCAGCAACCAGUCUUGGGUUAAGAGCAGCACUAGGGAGAUUACGGCCACUUCAGCAUCUCCACCGGUAACCACCACUUACGUGAGGCCCAUCAAACUCUCGCGAUUGGUUAGGACCAUGUUCGAAGAGGCCUCCAUAGAGUAUGCUUCUGCCAUCCGCACUGCUGCUCUCUUCCCCGACACGCACUUCUCCACCUCCACUACUACUACUACCACUAGCACUACUGCAUCACCCAAGCUUCCUCUUUGUAGCAAGUAA